GCAGCGCGCCGGCAGGGGAGGGACGGGGGAGGAGCGGGGAGGGCAUAAAACGCCGACCCGUCGGGCUGCGAGCUCAGUCGACCAGCUGCAGCACUAUUGGUGGGUGGGCGGUGAGGGGUCAGGGCAUAUUCGUCCGAGUCUCGGGUGGACUGCGGUGACCUUCGGUGAUCUCUGAAAACCUGCAGUGAUCCGUGGUGACCUUCACGUCAAGCAACCCUCGGCGUCGGCGAUACAACCGAACCGUUUUCAAAGAAGAUCUCUCGAGUGAGUUGGUCAAUAUUCAGUGUGCAAUGGGUCAUUCAUUGACCUAAGGGCCGAUUAGUCGAAUAUGAUACCGUUGAGAAGCACCUACCUCAUCUGACACCUACCUGACCUCUGAGUGACCCGGCGUGACCUCGGUUUGACCCUGACACCGCCGAGUCAUGACUCCGGAGCGGCGGAGCCGAGCAGCUGCUGCUGGCGACUCUCGAACGAACUGGAAACGACACGACCUCUGACCUGCUGACGUCAUCGCGCGGAGGAUGGGGAAGUGGUAUCACGUGGAGGCCUGUCCACUCGAUGACCGGGAGGAACAGUCCCACGCCGACCUCCAUCGCUGCAAAUCUCCACCCGUCUUUAUCCUGUCUGUCACCCUUCUUGAGCUGGGCUUCUUCGUCUACUAUAGCGCACUGGCCGCGGCGAGGUCAUCAUCCUCUGACCUCUCCCCUGUGACCUCUGACCUACCGUCGGCGACCUCACUGACCUCUGUGACCUCUGACCGAACCUCUGUGACCUCUGACCUGACCCCUGACCUGACCUCCGUGGUGCGUCUCGGCUCCAUGGGCACGGUACCACUGGAUUCGGCUCUGGUGUACCGACCUGACCGCAGCUGGGAACUCUGGAGACUCGUCACGUAUAUGGUGUUACACACCAGCUGGUGGCACCUGACCUUUAACCUCCUGGUUCAACUGGCGGUCGGGGUGCCUUUGGAGUUGGGCCACGGUACGGUCCGAGUCGCCGCUAUCUACCUAGCCGGAGUCUUGGCGGGCAGUCUGGGAACCUCAGUUUGCGAUGCUGGCCGCCAGGUGUACCUGGUCGGCGCGUCGGGAGGGGUGUAUGCGCUGCUGACAGCUCACAUUGCCAACGUACUACUGAAUUACAACCACAUGGAGCUGGGCGUGCAGCGUCUCCUGGCGGUACUGCUGAUCGCUGUCUGUGACGCGGCCCUGGCCGUCUACCACCGGUACUGGCUGGUGCUGUCAUCUGUGGAGCCGGCUGUAAGUUAUGCUGCGCACCUGGCCGGCGGGGUGGCGGGCCUGUCGCUGGGACUGGCCAUUCUGCGGAGUCACUCGCCGAAACAUCGCCAGCCGCUGAUCCGAUAUCUGGGACUCGGAGUUCUGCUCGCCUGUGCGCUAUUCGCCAUUCUGUUCAACGUGCUCUCCGUGAACCGCGGCCACCAGUACCUCUGAACACGACGUACCUACCUAUGUGUCGCUGCGGCCCGAGCCAGGCAAUAAUAAUGAGAAAUGAGCGCAUCGAUUACGAUUUAAAGACUCCCGUCAGCCAUGUCGGUUUAUUUAUCUUAUUUAUUAUUGCGCAGGGUCAACGGAUGUUGCCCAUAGGGAUAAGUAAUGGCAGUAGCGGCGGAACACCUUCAAUUAAGGGGGGGGGGGGCACUGCCGACUUUUGGUCCCAUUCUUUCCAUGCAGCCCAUAGGGCUAAUGUUAAAAUGCCAAAAUCAAAGGGGGGGGGGCACGGUGCUCCGGUGCCCUCCCCGUUCCGCCGCCUCUGAGUAAUGGGACUAGGGCCACUCUCAUGCUGGGAAAUAAGAGAAGUUAUGUCUUAUUUCCCAGCAUAAAAGCCCAAAAUUAUAAGGGCUUUGGAGACAAUGUAUGGUAAGAGCAGCACUGCACAGUUCACACGAGGCCGUACCGCUCACAUUCUGGAAACUCAGAGGAAAAAAACUGUUCUAAAUAACUUGAAAAAUUAGGUAAUGGGGGAAAGAGUUUUUGAACAUGCCCCGUUUUUGGGCUGCAUGCAGUGCUAGAAAGGGUCGUUUUUCGGGUUACUUCACUUUGUUUCAUUUACAUUUUUUCGGUACGCUUUAUUUAUGGGCUACAAUGUGCCAUCAUUCAGCGCAUAUUUAAUGCGCUUAGGCGUUGAACUAUUUGUAGAUGCAAGAGGUAGUAAAAUGCUCGUAAAUUGUUUAAUUUUAUGUCUCUGCAUUUUAUUUUGACUCAGGAUGGGUUGGUUGCCAUAUAUUCGACGGAUGUCAGAUGUGUUCUUAUCGAAGCAUUUAUUAAAAUGAACCUCAUUCAUCAUUUAGCAUGUGUUCUGCUGAUGUGAAUAAUGUUACUGGUAUAUUUUGCUUAUGUAAAUGUUGAACCUUAAUAUAACAUUUUGAUAUCUGUGACGCAUCAAUCAUGUGUGUGCAGUCGCGCAUUUGAUGCAAGUUUUUAUACGUUAUAAAUGCUAGGCAUAUACAUUAUUAUCUAGAUAUGCUUGUUAUCCAAUGCAAGAUUUCCUAACGAGCUGCAAGGUGAUCGUGAAUAAUCUACGUUCAUUGUUUAAUAUGUAUGCACUGAGCCCAGCUCACAAGUGCCUAACGACUCGUGUUUGCGCGAGCGCUCCUGUCCGCCGAUUCGAGCAGAAUCGCUGGGUCUGCGCUCGUGUAAAACCUCGAUGCAUUUAGGUGUAAAGUUCCAGCCGGAAGCUGCACGGUGGGGGGGGGGGGGGGCGUUUGGUGCGGGUUUGUUGGGGUAGCUCCUCUCGCAGGCGACCCUUCGGUUGGGUGCGCUCGGCAGGUCAGUGAUUGUGCAGCCGUGUAGCUAAGGGCACCUGCAUUGUGCAGCUAUGUUAAGCUACGUUUAGCUAUGUAGAUUAUGUAGCUAUGCAUUUAUGUGCGGCUAUGCAUCAGCAUCCUGCGAGCUGCGUCCGUGACUCCCGAUAGACAGUAACCAGCUUGCCUGUGUGAGCAAUACUGCCAUGUGUUAAUGGUUCUCGUUACGGAAUCUCUCGAUGUCAAUAUGAGAACGAUACCAUCCAGUGCGCGCGGGAUGUUCCCGUACGAUAAACGCAGACUAGUGAGCUUAAAACUGCGUUGUGUUUGUAAUACUGAUGCGUAAAUGUAAAAAGAUCGCUGUCGGCUGUUAAAACGUGACCAGAAACCAGAGUGAUUGGAACAGGAAUGCUAUCUGGAAAAGAUUAAAGCUGCAAGCAAAAGAAGAUAAUGCCAAGCAAAA